AUGGCUACAAGCAGCAUUGCUGUGCUUAAUGCUCUUGACAAUGCACGUAUACAAUGGUAUCAUGUCAACGCGAUUGUGAUCGCCGGAAUGGGCAUUUUCACCGGUGCGUACGAUGUGUUUUGCAUCUCUACCAUCGUCAAGCUCUUAAACCGUCUUUAUUAUCACGACCCCUCCAUGAAUAAGUCAGGAAGACUACCUCAUAAUGUCAAUAAUUUUUUGAUCGGAGUAGCCCUAGUCGGGACUCAAACCGGCUAUCCCAAAGCCGUAAUGGGAACUCUUUGUUUCUUCAGAUUCUGGCUUGGCUUUGGCAUUGGGGGCGAUUAUACUCUCUCCGCCACCAUUAUGUCUGAGUACGCGAACAAGAAGACUCGUGGGGCUUUUAUCGCAGCAGUGUUUGCUAUGCAAGGUGUUGGCACUGUCUUUGCCGGCCUAAUGUCGAUGAUUCUCUCAAUAAUUUUCCUCAAUAAGUACAAAGGGACUCAAUUUUUGGAUAAUGGCAUUUUGUAUGCUGAGCCUGAGGCAGAUUAUGUUUGGAGAAUAGUUUUGAUGUUGGAGCUCUUCCUGCAAUUCUCACAUUCUACUGGAGGAUGA